UAAGGUUAUCAAGUUAAGAGUGAGUUAAAGUGAGUCCUUUCUAGCUCAUCUCUAUGGUGAAUUCGGUUUAUUGUAACCACAAGCUGUGUACAAGUUUUGUGCUUUAAAAACGGACUGUAACCCAGUCGGCUACUAUCAGUUAGCAUUAUGCUAGUUAGAGCUAGGACUCUCCACGGACUUUCAUCCUAGCACGGAGCCAAAGAUGGCGCGCUGCUGCACUUAACUGACUGAGCUUUUCCCUGAGAGAGAGACCUGCCGCUGCUCUAUUGACUUGCCCUUGGAUUUAGUGUCUUCAUGGUCGAGUCCGAGUUGAGGACGUGUGUUCCUGUUUUCCCGCUGCGGAGACGAGGGGUGUGGACUUACCUGCACGUUGGAUGAGACGAGGGACGGAGCUGGCAGUGACGGAGUUUUGGUUGUCGUUUCUUCAUCAUCUGUUCAGUAAGGAGGCUGUUAACGGUUGGAUCCUACUUGGCGUCAACACUUAUUAAACUGUGAAGAGGAAGGAAGUGAGGUCUAUUUUAACGGCCUGUUUCUGACUCCUGCUCCUACCAUAGAGGACCACGACACUGAAGACAACAUGUAGAUUGACUGGAAGUAUUCAAUGUGGCUGAGCUAUAUCUUGUAGUUUUAACUAUCUUUUUAUACAUUUUAUUGUUACUGCUACCACAAGAAGAUGAAAACAGCAGCGAGGAAUUUAACUACAACAAAGAGAGGAUUUGUCUCCUUCCUUCUCUCUUUUACAGUGGUACAGGCUCAGAGUGACUGGAGAGUGACUUCCUCUUCCUCUCAGAUCUGUGCUGUGGAAGGAUCAACAGUGGACAUACCAUGUUCUUACACAUAUCCAUUCAGAGGGAAUGAGCAUGACACCGUAGUUUGGAGAUCUUUCUGGUUUGUGAAAAUGAAUGGAAACGACCCUUUGGAUCUGAGAAACCACCCAGAUUACAGAGGUCGUGUGGAGUAUCACUUUCAUGAUAACAGCUGCACCCUGAGGAUCACCAACGUCAGACAGAGCGACUCAGCUGAGUACAGAUUCAUGUUCAUGACAAACCAACCAGAGGGAGGAGUUACUGAUUCACCUGGAGCCACUCUGUCAGUCACAGAUCUACAGGUGCAGGUGAGCGAUGGAAAAUGGGUCGGGCCUGAUCGCUCUGCAGUGCUGACGUGCCAUGGCAGCUGCGGACCCACUGCUCCUCUUUCUUACAUCUGGUACAAAAACGGAGAGAAAAUUCAGGAGGAAGCAUCUUCUUUCUCAGGAAGCUUUAACCCCAGACACAGUUUUGCCUGUGCUUUAAAAGGAUAUGAGGAUUUCCCCUCAUCUUCAGUCUGUGUCUAUUAUCAAACCUGCUACAGAGUGACAUACAUUGUCAGAAACAUCUGUGCACCUAAAGGCUCAUCAGUGAACAUUUUAUGCACCUACACCAGCUAUGAGAACCUUCAAUCGAAGUUUUGGUUCAGUCCUGAUCGUAGUCAUCAGUGGAAGAGUGGCACAGAGCCUGAAGACCUCAGUAAAGACCCCCAGUAUGCAGGUCGUGUCCAGAUCUCUGACACCUUGAAUGAACAGUCCUCUCUGAGAAUCUCUGAGCUGAGAGAGAGCGACUCUGCUCAGUAUCACUUCAAGUUUAAAACAGCAGGCCUUGAAUGGGGGAACAGCUUUGCUGGUACAACUCUGACUGUCACAGCUCUCCAGGUGAAGGUGAUCAGUGUAACAGUCCACCAGGAUUAUACUGAGGCAGAGCUGAGGUGUCACAGCAGCUGUAGUCCUGCUGGUGGGAUUUCUUAUACCUGGUUGAAGAACGGACAGAAAAUCCCAAAUGCUGAAAACUCUUUUCAUAGAGAUCGGCUUUAUCCAGGAGAUUUUAUGUCUUGUGCUUCAAAAGGACUUGAAAACUACGCCUCACCCUCUGUGUAUGCUCUGAAGACUCCCUCUGUGUGGGUGAGUCCUGUGGAUGAAAUAACAGAGGGCAGUUCAGUGACUCUGACCUGUAGCAGUGAUGCUAACAGAGCAGCUAAAUACACCUGGUACAGGAAGAACCAAACCCUGUCCAGUGAGGGAGCACAGCUUGUCUUCAGCUCCAUCCAGUCCUCUGACUCUGCAGAGUAUCAGUGUGCAGCUGAGAACCAGCUGGGGAGGAGAGAAUCUAAACCCGUCUUUAUCCAUGUCCAAUGUGAGUGGAAUGAGAACAACGUACAACAAAAUAGAAAUGUAAUGUUUCAACACAAGAGUGAGCAUCCAUGUUACAUGAAUAUAUAAAAACAUUUAAAUCAUUGUUGAAGUAUUUCACAGUUAAAAUCCUUUCUUAUCUCUGCUUUUAGGAGAAAUUAAAAGUUGUAAAGUGGUUUUAAAAGAGUUUAAUGACAUUGAGGCCACAAAGAUCAUCCUUGUCCUUGGGUUUCUUAAAGGCGCUAUAUAAAUUCAAGAUAUUAUUAUUAUUAUUAUUGAGUGCUUUAGCUCAAACUGCACAUAGACAGAGGGCAGAGGCGCCUGCUGACGACUUCUUUGAGAACAUUUUUGGGUCUCAGCUUUGGGUAUGGUCCAGACCGUGCAUCUACUGCUGAUGUGCUUCAGUCCAUUUAAAGUAUCAUAGAAAUACUAGAGUCACUCCUCUGCAAGCUCUGGUGGGUUAUUUUAUUGAAAAUCUAAGACUUUACAAAGUGUUAGAUUUUAACACUUUAUCAGUGGUUCCCAUAUAAACCCUGGUGGAGUGUUACUUUUUACUCUCAGGGUGUUAAAUUUACAGUUUCAAAUUUGCAGUCUCAUAUGUCUCAGUGACUGACCUGUAGCAGUGAUGCUAACCCAGCAGCUAAUUACACCUGGUACAAGGAGAAUGAAGACUCACCUCUAGCUUCAGGACAGAUCUUCACCAUCACUGAUGUCAGAGCUGAACACAGUGGGAAUUAUUACUGUGAGGCCAAGAAGAAAUUAGGGUGUCAUAACUCCACCUUCACUCUGACUGUUGUUGUGACAGCUGGAGUGAAAUUACCCAUUGUUGUUGGAUUAGUCACUGUUGUCCUCCUGGUUAUUGUGUCCGUUUCCGUCUUGUUGUGGAUCAGAAAGAAGAGGGCUUCCAGUGAACCUCUUCAGGCUGCAGAGAGACAAGAUGACAGGCAACAGGGAGAACCAGAGGAGCAGGAUGAGCUUCAGUAUGCCAGUGUACAGUUCUCUCCAAACCAGGCAGAUCUAUACUCCAACAUCAGACCAGCUCAGCCAAUCAGACACACAGACAGACAGGAGGUCUCUGAAUAUGCUGCUGUCAGGUUUACUGGUAAUGCCCCAAGAACCAGGAGACCAGAAGAGGAUACUGCUGCACUGUAUAGCACAGUCAACAAACACUGAUAACAGCAGGCUCUUUAUUCAUUUUUCUAAAUAUCUCAUGUUGAUUUGUGUUUACACAUGCAUCACAUGUUAUCAUUUUAAUUGUUGGUUAUUCCAAUAAUAUACCACUGUGACAAUGAAAAUCAUAGUUACAAGACAACAUCUUUAUUUUACACACAGAAUUUUCUUUUUAAAUCUCAGCAUUUGUCCUCUCUGCAUAACCUGUGCUGUAUUUAUCCAAAUGUUAAUGUUUAUCCAGGAUUAGCUAGAGUUAGUAUUUACUGUAUUUUAUGUGUCACUGUAACUUUAGAAGAAGUGGGACUGAAAAAAAACUACAUUAUUCAAGUUUUCAUUAAGUCAGUACACUGGGUAAUCUCUGUUUCUCAGCUGAAAAAGGGUGAAAUUAUCUGAAUAAGACAGUAAACAAAGAUAGGUGAUACAGUCAGCACCAAUGAAUGGUUUGGAAAUGCUUUUUCUAGCUUUAGAAUUAUUUAGUGGCUAAACUUAUUUGACUUUAUUCAACAUUUGUUUGAUAAAACCUUCAAAUAUUCCUCUACUUUUUUCAGGUUAAUUUUAAAGUUUUAUGCUGCACUGUUAGGAGUUAAUCCACAUCUGUCUCAAAGUUGGUCUCUACCUCGAUGUAAAAACUUGUAAAUAUAACUUUUGUAUAUGUUUUUUUU